UACCAGUUAGUCUCCGCCCCUCAUUUGAGUGUGUAUAUGUGUGUGUAGUUCACCAAAAACUUGCAUGACACGACUCGACUGUGUGAAUUUUGGGUCUUUUUCUACAGUUGAACAUAAUCCAUCCGCUUUCAAGACCUGAAUUUAAGAGCUUGGUUCUCUCUGCAUAGAACAGAAUGGCGAAGAGUGAACCAGAAGAGAUGAUAGAGAUUGAGAUCGAUGAACGGGAGAAACAGGCGUGCCUGGAGGAAGGUGUCGAGGAGCAGACGAUCACUGCGUCUGAUUUGAUUCAACAAGACAUCGACAUCAACGAGCCUGUUGGCAAUCUGAAGAAGCUUUUGGAGCCUCGUAUACAAAUAUCACUAGAUGCAUAUGAGAUCUGCCUGCAGGACAUUCAGCUUCACCCUGAUCACAGCCUGUUUGAUCAGGGAGUAAAGACAGAUGGCACAGUGCAGCUCAGCCUGCAAAUUAUAACUAAACCAGGUGAUGAGAAGUUGAACAUUCUGGAGAUUGUGAAGCCGGUAGAAACAGUGGAAGUGGUGAUUGAUCCAGAUGCAGCCGGGGAGGAGGGCACACUGGUGGAGGAGGGUCAAUUCAUCGCAGUGGAGCGUUCUGCCCUCUCUGAUGAGACAUCAGAGCAGGUUACACGCUGGGCAGCUGCACUUGAAGGCUACCGCAAAGAGCAGGUUCGCCUUGGCAUACCGUACGACCCCAUGCUCUGGACAGCUGACCAGGUGAUCCACUGGGCUGUGUGGGUGAUGAAGGAGUUUAACAUUGAUGAGAUGGAAAUAGGCAACAUUCACAUCCCAGGCCGAGACCUCUGUUCUUACAGCCAGGAAGAGUUCCUUCAGAAAGUGCCCAGUGGAGAAAUACUCUGGAGUCAUCUGGAACUCCUACGUAAAUAUGUGCUGGCCAGCCAGGAUCAAUCCGGAGGGGACGCCACUGUUACUAUUGAUCAACCUGUACAGAUAAUCCCAGCUCAGGUGACCACACCCACUACCAUCAAGGUAUUGAAGCAGAGCCGUGGUCCCAGAGCUCCUCGUAUUUCAGGGGAGGAGCGCAGCUCACCUGGAAACCGCACAGGUAAUAACGGUCAGAUCCAGCUGUGGCAGUUUCUCCUGGAGCUGCUGACGGACAAGGAUGCAAGAGACUGCAUUUCCUGGGUGGGCGAGGAGGGAGAGUUCAAACUCAACCAGCCUGAACUGGUGGCACAGAAAUGGGGCCAACGCAAAAACAAACCUACUAUGAACUACGAGAAACUCAGCAGAGCCCUCAGGUAUUACUAUGAUGGGGACAUGAUCAGCAAGGUCCAGGGCAAACGCUUUGUCUAUAAAUUUGUGUGUGACCUGAGGACUCUGAUUGGCUACAGCGCUGCUGAGCUCAACAACCUGGUGACCGAGUGCGAGCAGAAGAAACUGGCUCGCAUGCAGAUGCACGGCAUUGCUCAGCCCAUUACUACAGUGACCUUGGCCACCACCACACUAGAUAAGGACAGUUGAAGGGAGGUCACGCUACAGUGCUCUCCAGUUGCCACAAAGUUAGCUCUCCACCACUGACUGGAAAUCAAAUCAUUUUUUGACACAUCUGUGUUCCUUAGGCACAGAAAUGCAAGGCAGAUCUCUGAUCAGUGUGGAUUAACAACUUUGCUAUUGUCGUUGCAGCUUGAUUCAUGUUAAACAGAGGCAGGUAAAAUGUUUUUAGCUUUUCUCUGACCAAGAGAAGCGUGUUCAGGAAAAGAGGGUGAAUGUGUCUGAGAAAUGCUGUUGUGCAUGUGACUGAAUGCUUGAAUGUGUGAAUGAACACCCAGCUUUGCAUGUGUUCCCUGUCUGUAGAUUAGGAGUUUCCACUGUAUAUACCUGUACUUCAUGUUUUUGAUAGCCACAAGGGCAAGUGUAUUUUCAUAUUUUCCAUUUAUAGAGGAUCUGUUUUGUAUUUGAUUUAGUGUUUAUUCCCUAAAGUUUAGGACCCUCUUUUUUUGUCCACUAAAGGGAAUAAAGUGUGAAGCAUUUUUCUUAACUUCUGGGGUUCAUUUAAUUGUUAAGGUUUUUCUUUUUGUUUUAGUAAGGCUCAAAAUGACAAGCAAGGACAUUUUAUGUACAUUCAAAAUUUUAUUCAUGGUAUAGUGAGUGUAGAAAGCAUUUCGUUAAGCAAAUGGUUCAUUAGACGCAAAGGAAGGUCACUGAAUCAGUGAGAGGGAAAAAAGCAUUUUUUUUUUUAUCACUAGCCUUCAAAGACGCUCAGAGAGCAUCAAAACAGAUUUGACAUUCCCCUGAUUAAGAGCAUCAGUCAGCAUUUCUGUACAUGUGGGUAACAAUGUGUAGAAGUGGGUGUGUUGUAUUUCUGUGGCAUAAAUGCACAAUAUGCAUGUCACAUUCAUGUUUACAGGUGGCUUUAAUAACUUAAGGGAGAAGAAAAUGUGUCUCCAUGCAGUCGUCCUCCUAGUGUUGCACUUCUUCACCUCUUUGCAAGGCCUAUUCAGAGACUUGACAACAGAUAUGCAAGUAAAGACAAACAGAAGCACUGUACAUGUAUACAGAGAACAUGUAGAAAAAUAUGGGUGUGGAGAUGAGACUGGACAAUCUAGAAAACUGCUUUGAUCUUUGUAGGCCCAACAAGACCUGUUUAUCAAAUACACACACGGGCUGACACGAGCACUGCAUUGUAAAAUACUGCUGACACAACUAGAAAGAGAGGAUAAACAUGAGAAAUAGGGGUUAGGAAAGAGACUGAAACAUAAACGACAGAGAGGUGAUGGUUGGUAAUGAAGCUGGGCCACUGACAGUCUGAUCUCCUUCCAUAUAUUUACAGUAAAAUGAGAGAGUGGAAUGAUACAUCUGGAAUGACAAAACCUCCCUUCAUCUUCAAUCUACGAAAAAACCCAUUGUGCAGCAACAGUGUGAAUUGGCUUCAGGGACUUAACAGCGAUAAUAUCAGGGUAAUAAACUUCCAAAAU